AUGGUCGACCCCUUCAGUGCGGGCAUGUUCGCCAGUAUUGGCAGUGCCUUGAAGUUUGCAGACGUAGCCGUACGCAUUGCCGAAGUGGGAAGCGAAAACGCUGUGUUCGUGCGUACCAUACAAAUCGUGCGCUCGGAUCUCGAAGAAGUGGAGCGACUUCUCAGCGCGAAGACUGUGCAACUCAGGCUCGCCGCCACACCGGGGAAGCUGCCCUGGGUCAAAACCGCCAUCAAUAACACCAGAUGCGCACUCAACAACAUCGGCAAGUGGGUGGAACGAGCGCGGGUCGAGCAGGAAUCUACUGGAUCCAUUCGAUUCGAAACGAGGGUCCGCUGGGUGUUCAACGACCAUGAGAAGCUCGUCAACCGCCAGGCGGAACUCUUCACAUGCCAUCAGCAGCUUUCGAACGUACUCGGCUACCUGGUGCGCCUUGAAGACGUGCCUACCAGUCCUGUGCCAUCCGAGUAUGGCAGCGCCGCUUGCUUCGACGAGAUUCUAUCUAGACACCGAAAGACGAGUGGACCAAACGUAUCAAAAUCCAAGUAUGGUACUGGACACGAAGGUGUGUACACAGAGCCACCUAAUACGUUUAUCUAUAUUGAUAGAUUUUUUGGUGAAGGCUUGUCAAAAACAGUUGCGCCCGUCGCCGUAUCGAAUUCCGGGGCGUUGAAUCUAUUAGCCGUGGACGUGGCCGCUACAUCACACCGACGCAUCUCUGAACCUCCUCCGGCUCUCCCGUCCAUAGCGUGGCCUCCUGAUAGCCCACCGCCUGCCUACGCCCUUGGCGUCUCGGACGGUCGAGCGCAGCUCAAUGCUUGCCGAGAUUCGCGUCCCCACAUCGUCACCAGUCGAAGUACUCCUGUCAGUCAACCUGCCGAUCUCAAACCUGUAUCGUCCACAGAGAACGACCAGUCCUGGGCUUACAGGUUCGUCUCCAAUGACGUGACGGUUCCGGAACUGGCUGGGGAUACUGUCUCUUUUAGUGGAACGAAUCCAGCAGGGCCGGUAGAUCCACAUGAUUACUGUGCCACCCCAACAGCCGGCACUCCAGCUGCUCUUCCCGGUUUCCAAAUACCGUCUGAGAGUCUAGCCGAGAUGCUAGGUGACAUGUACUUCCGUGCGGAACUGCCCAGUAACGAUGGUGUUCCACCACUGGACAAUCCUGCACAGGUACGAGUGAGGUCUGAACGAGCCGAGUUGAGUCGCUCACGAUAUGCUCAAGUGCGCACAAGAACCACGUCAGAUAUGUCACCGAUGUUGCACCGCCGGCCCAUUCCAACAAAUGCAGUUAGCGAUUCCUUCCUUAUGGUUCACGAACCGCCACCUUCGCUUGCGACCAACACUGCAAACAUGAGGUUGCGCAAAGCAGAGGACGAGAGUGAACUGCACUUCCCUGCCCUCAACUCUGUGGCCACUGAGCAGCCUCCACAUACAACGUAUCAGCCACAGAUAUACUGUCAAUCUCUCUCGCACAGCACCCCGGAGAACAUAAAUAGGGCAGUGGCAAAUCCGCUCCGGACAUGGAAAACCUCUGAUCCUCCGCCUCCCCCAACACAUAAGCUUUCCAACCACCACACCACCGCUAGCUCCGCCGACUCGACCAGCUCCUGGGACCGGGGUACCCAGCCACAGAUGCCCGACGCACUUGACUCGCGGCACCGCGCGGCGGCGACGCGCAUGCAGCGGCAGAAGCAUAUACUGGGCCUGCUAGGCGGUCUCGAGACGUGA